ACGAUGGGAUGCCGAGCAGUAUUCCAAUUGGUCAGUCAAAAGGGGCGCGCGGUUGCUAAGCAACGGCAACACCGCGCGCGUCACCGGCCGGCGUAGCCGGCACCAAACGUUCCUGCCACUGUGGCGGAAAAUUGCGCAGAACAACGUCGACUCUCAUCGGGUGUAAACGUGCUGCGGUCUUUAAAUACGCGAUAUAGAUUCACCGAAGCUUUAUUUCUUUUUUUACUCUUGUCUCCUUUCUCAUUAUCGAAUACAAAAUCGAAAGAAUCCUUUGUGGUAUUCUAUUUAAAAAUUGCGCGCUUCCUACAAAAAACGAACAAAUAUUUUAUUGGAGCAAUAGAGUUAAAUUUUAUUAAAGUAAAGAAAAUAAAAAAGAAAAAUGGCAGAAGACAAAAAUGAAACCAGUCCAAGUGCCGAGGGUGAAAAGCCACCACAGGAAGCGGCGCCGUCGAAGCAAGAAAAAGAAGAGCCAAAAGAAAAUAAAGAAGAAGAAAAGAAAGUCGAAGAGAAUGGCGACGGUGAUAAACCCAAGGAGAAUGGCGAAGAGAAACCCACGCCAGAACCGAAGGAUAUGCGGGCUAUAGUACUGAACGGUUUCGGCGGACUGAAAAGUGUCAAGGCUUUGAGGAAGCCUGAGCCCACCCUCUCCGAAGGAGAAGUUCUUAUUCGAGUCAAAGCAUGCGGACUAAAUUUCCAAGAUUUGAUGGCGAGGCAGGGUGCUAUUGAUUCCCCACCAAAAACUCCUUUCAUUAUGGGAUCCGAGUGCGCAGGUGAUAUCGAGCAAGUUGGCGAGGGCGUGGAGAACUUUAAAGUGGGCGAUCGAGUGGUCGCGCUUCCUGAUCACAAGGCGUGGGCAGAGCUUGUCGCUGUACCAGCCACGUCCGUUUUCGCGCUACCAGCCGGAAUGAGCUACCUCGAUGCAGCGGCGAUCACGAUGAACUAUACCGUUGCUUACAUUCUGUUGUUCGAACUGGCUAAUUUAACGCCCGGAAAGAAUCUGUUACUCCACAGCGCCGGCGGGGGUGUGGGUCAGGCAGUCGUCCAAUUGGCCAAAACUGUGAAGGAUGUAACCAUUUUUGGAGUGUGCAGUAAAUCGAAGCACGAAGCACUGAAAGCAACUGGCACCAUUGAUCAUAUCUUGGAACGAGGCGCGGACUAUAGCAACGAAGUCAGAAAGAUUUCACCAGAGGGUGUGGACAUCGUCUUGGAUUGCCUUUGUGGUGAAGAAUGCAACAAAGGAUAUGCUUUGCUAAAACCUAUGGGAAAAUAUAUUCUUUAUGGAUCUAGUAAUGUUGUCACUGGCGAAACUAAGAGCUUCUUCUCAGCAGCACGAUCAUGGUGGCAAGUGGACAAAGUAUCUCCCAUUAAACUGUUCGACGAGAAUAAAACCUUGUCUGGGCUGAAUUUGCGUCAUUUGAUGUAUCAGCAUGGAAGUCAUGCAUUUGUGAGACGAGCAGUGGAACGGGUAUUCGCUUUAUGGAACGAGGGUAAAAUAAAGCCUGUAGUGGAUUCGACAUGGGCUUUGGAAGACGUUCCGGAAGCUAUGCAGAAGAUGCACGACCGUAAAAACAUCGGCAAAAUUGUAUUGGAUCCGAGUCUUGAGCCAAAACCGAAGCCAGCAACUCCUGCUAAAGGAAAGACGAAGGAUAAGAAGGCAGCUAGCCAAGAAAGUCAAGAGAAAAAAGCUUCAAGCGUCGAAUCUGAGGAAGGAGAGAAGAAGAAAGAACCAGAAUUGACAAAUGGAACUUCCGAAGACAAAUCCGAUAGCGAUUCAAAAGAAAAAGAAUCGAGUUGAAUUAACGGCGCUAAUUAAUUCUAAUAUACGUAUAUAAUAAAAAUACAUAUAUAUUAAAAAGAAUGUAAAACCGUGAAGAUCAAGAAUUUUGCAGAUAAGUAACUCUAUUAUUUCUCAUUAUACAGAGAUCUACAUUUAUUGCGCUACACAACACUUGAUUAUUAUGUACUAAUGUCCGCAAAUUAUCGUGUAGAUAACGAAUUAAUUUGGAAAACGAAAACAAAAAAUUACAUGAAACAGCAAGACAUGAACAAAAAUUAAGAAUUUCAAAAUAUUUAGCUCAAUUUGACCAAAAAGAGAAGAAAAAGACUCAUUUUUCUAAAAUUCAUUUGCAUGCCUCUCUCCUUCCGUCUGUUUGCGCUGAAAGAAUUCUUUGAUGGAAUUCAUGAGUGAAAGGGUGGAUGUGAGAAUAUACGUAAAGAUUCAUGUGUGAAGAUGUUCGUGUGCGAACCAGAAGGAAGUAUAAAAGAAAAAAAAAAAAAAAGACAACAACCAAAUAUAAAAAACAAUAUCUUGACGUGGUCCACAGUAGUUUGCAGAAUAUAAAAAUUAUUAUUUUUAUUUUUUCACACUGACCAAACAUACGAUUCAUUUUCAUAUAUGAUAGAGUAAAUGGCAAAGAUUCUUUGGACGAUCUUUAGUAGUUUUUUGAUUUUUUUUUUUUAUAUUAUAUUUCGUACUUAUAAAAAGUAUCAAGAAAAACAAGAAAAUGAAAAUAAAUAAAGAUUGUCCAAUGAUUCUAUAUUGGCCAACAGAUUGCUACUUUUGUCUAUUUGCAUCGAGUACUAUUACUGCUGCGAUAAGUAUAUAGAUAAGUGUAUAUAUAUACACAUAUGUAUAUGCAAUGACAUUUUACACGAUAUAAUAGUACCAUUUACUGUAAUUUAAUAGAAUACGAUGGCAGCGAUAAUCUCAUCAGCUUUACAUAGAAGGGAAGAAAAAAUUACAUUAGAUAGAAUCCUGUAUCUCAAAAGGCUGAAAAAAAAAAACAAAUGACUGUGUUAUUUUUUAUGUAUAACUUUUUCUUAUCAAGAAUAUUUCUUUCAUUAUUGAUGAUUAUAUGUAGCUUAAAUAUUUUUAACAAUAAUCUAAACAGCACAGUCAAAAAAUAAGCCUAUACACUCUAUGUAUCAGGAUUCGCUGUAUUAUUUUAAAUGAUAAUUUUUUUUAAUACACAGAAAGUACUGAAUCAUCUAACUGCCCAAACAAAAAAAAAAAAAAAAAGAAAAAUAUGAAAAAUGGAAAAAGAAAAAAAUAACGCUGAUCAUGAUUAUUGGUGAACAGUUCAUGAAGAUAAAAGAUUAAUAACUUUUGCAACGAUUCACCAACGAUGUACUAUUUUUUAUAAUAGUUUUAUUUGAAUUUUUAGAGGAUUUGAAAUAUUAGAGUUAUUUUAAAAAAAAAAAAGAUGAUAUAUCAAUUGACUUUUCAAGUAUUGAAAUUUUUUAUUUUAACUAUAUCUAUUUAUAUAAAAUAUUUAAAAAAAAAUUUUUUAAUUUUAUCUUAAAAUCAACGAUCUCUUUUAUUUUUUAAUGACUAUCUUUUUAAUUGUGAUUAGCGAAAUAGAUGGUGCAAAAAUAUUUGAUUUUUUGAUUUGAUUGCGUGAAUUUUCAAAAAAAAAAAAAAAAUAAAACAUCAGUAUAUUUUAAAUAACAGAAUUUGUAAUGAAUCGAACUUCUCUCAAUAUUUAUAAUUUAAUAUAAGAGAUACACACUAGAGUUAUCUGUUAAAUUAAAGAGAAAUGAAUUUUUGAAUAGAUAAUGAUCGUGAUUUGAGUAAGAAAAUUUUUUUAAUAAUGUUUUAAGAUAAUGUUUGAUAUUUUAUUUAAAAAGAAGAAAAGAUAUGAAAAAAACAAAUGAAAAAAAUGAAAUUAAAAAAGAAAGGCUUGAAAGAAAGCAAGGUGCAGAAUGAAAUGCAUAUCUCUCCAAAACAGUUGGAAAAAUUUUUACGUAGUUCGAUUUUGUUAGAAUUUGAUACUAGCUCUGUAUAUCAAUAUAUCUAUAUUCGAUAAAAAAAGAUCACUAUUAACGAAAAAAAUUACAGACGAGGGAGAGCUAUAUAUAUUAUAUAUAUAAAUAUAAAUAAAUAAAUAAAUGAUUAAGUAGAUAAAAUAAGUCGAUUCAUUCUUCAAGUCGUUAUAUCGGCACGAAGAAAUGUAAGAAUUUAUAAGAAUUAUAAUUAUAUUAUUAUUAUUAUUAUUACUAUUACUAUUAUUAUUAUUAUUAUUAUUAUUAUUAUUACUAUUAUUAUUAUUAUUAUUAUUAUUAUUAUUAUUAUUAUUAUUAAUUUUAAUUUUUUAAUAUUAUUUUUAUUUUAAUUCUUAUUCUUUUUUUUUUAUUAUUCCUAUUAUUUUUUUUUUCCUUAUUCCUACUCAUUCUUAUUUUCUCUUAUUCUUACAUUAUAUCAUACUUUAGCUUUAAUUUUAUUCUUACUCUUUACUCAUUACUGUUUAUAUUUCUUUACUCUUACUCUUACUCUUGUUUUUAUUUUUAGUCUUGCGUUUAUUUUUGCUCUUGGUCCUACUCUUGCUUUUAUUCUUACUCUUAUUUUUACUCUUACUUUUGCUUUUACUCUUACUCUUGUUGUUGCUCUUGUUCUUGUUCUUGUUCUUGCUCUUACUCUUACUCUUACUCUUACUCUUACUCUUACUCUUACUCUUACUCUUGUUGUUGCUCUUGUUCUUCCUCUUCCUCUUCCUCUUCCUCUUCCUCUUCCUCUUCCACUUCCUCUUCCUCUUCCUCUUCCACUUCCUCUUCCUCUACCUCUACCUCUACCUCUACCUCUUACUCUUACUCUUACUCUUACUCUUACUCUUACUCUUACUCUUACUCUUACUCUUACUCUUACUCUUACUCUUACUCUUACUCUUACUCUUACUCUUACUCUUACUCUUACUCUUACUCUUACUCUUACUCUUACUCUUACUCUUACUCUUUUACUCUUACUCUUACUCUUACUCUUACUCUUACUCUUACUCUUACUCUUACUCUUACUCUUACUCUUACUCUUACUCUUACUCUUACUCUUACUCUUACUCUUACUCUUACUCUUACUCUUUUACUCUUACUCUUUUACUCUUACUCUUACUCUUACUCUUACUCUUACUCUUACUCUUACUCUUACUCUUACUCUUACUCUUACUCUUACUCGUGCUCUUACUAUUACUGUUACUGUUACUGUUAUUCUUGCUCUUACUCUUACUCUUACUUUUACUCUUACUCUUACUUCUACUCCUAUUCCUAUUCCUAUUCUUACUUUUAUUUUUUUCUUAUUCUCACUUUCAUUCUCACUCUCACUAUCAUUUUUAGUCUUUUACUCUUAUUCUCAUAUUUACUCUCACUUGUACUCUUAUUAUUAUUUUUAUUCUUACACUUACACUUAUUUUUGUUCUUAUUAAAAUUAUUAUUACUAUUACUACUACUAUUACUAUUACUGCUACUGGUACUAUUACUGCUAUUAUUCCUUCUCCUACUAUUACUACUAUUACUAUUACUACUGCCGUAUCAAGUCUCAGUCCAAGAGUACACCGAAUAAUGUAUUUCAAUCUUGAGAAUAUGUAUUAUUAUUCUCUUUGUAUUAACGAGAACUAAAAAAUAAAAAAAGAAAUAAAAAGGGAGAAAGAAAAAGAAGAAAAAAGAUCGUUAAAGAAUAUGAUUGCAUAUUUUGAAACAUCUUUUGAACACGUAUAAUAAUUAUAAAUAUAUAUAUAUAUAGACAUGCUGGUUAAGUUCAACGUGUGACACGAUUAUUAUCUGUACGAGAGAAAUGAAAGGUAUACAAUCACAUACACACACAUAGAUAUCACAUAAUUUUAUCAUACAUACGUGCCGAUACACAUCAUACUGUAUAUUUUAUGUAAGGCUUUAAAUGUUUCUUCAAAUAACUAUUAUAAUAUAUCUAUAUAUUUGUAUCUAUCGUUUUCCCUAUCCUGGUAAUAAUUUAGGUCCGAAAUUGUAUCGGUGUCCUAAAAUAAUUUGUAAUUAAUGUCCGAUAGGCUUGAAGAAAAAUUUCGAAAAAAAUAUUAUUUUAAAAACUUUUUAAAUCUUAUCCAAAUUCGAAGUUCUUUAAAUUUUUUUUUUAUUAUGAAUAAUAUAACAAUUAAUAUAACAAUUGAUAUAACAAUGAAUAAACAAAAUGCAUGUUCUCCAUUAUUAUAUUAUUAAAAUUAAGAUAAAUUAUUUUAUUUUCCUAGAAAAUAAACUGUAGUCAGAACUUUAACAAGUUGUUUUAAACUAAUCAUGUUUAUGAAUGAAAUAAAAAUAUAAUUGGCGAAAAAAAAUAUCAUUUGAUUGAUAGGAGUCAAAUAUUAUUUGAUUGAUAAUAAGUCAAAUUAUAUCAUUGAUAUAGUAAUAUAUAAUCAAAUAAUUCAAUAAAUUGAUGACAAAAUGACAUUAAAAGUCGGGCCUUAAUUACAAACUUUUCUUCGGAUCUACGCUUUUUAAUCUUAUUUAAAACCAAUGUUAUUUUGCACUGUUUGAUAUAUUCUAAACUCACUGUAAACAUUUACGAUUCAUUCUUGUACACUGAAAUUUAAAUGAUUGAAACUCGUUAUGACAAUGUUUCAAUGCUUAAUUUAAUUAAGAUGCUUUUGAAACUAGAUUGAGUCGAAUCACAGAGAUCAAUCGAUUCACUUGUGAUGAGACUUGUAACACAUUUAGCUCAGAAAUGUGUGCAGCUCAAAACAAAUCCUCAUCUUAUAAUAAGUUUUUUUAAAUAUUAAAUUCGAAAUAUUUUCUUUUUGAUGUAACAUUUAUAAAUUGGCUUAUAAAUUUUUUUUCACAUUUAUACAUUUUUUUCUAAUUUGUACAAUAAUGUCUGGAAAACGCAACUCGAAGAGAAUCAGAAAGGCGCGGUUUUCUUUUUUUCUAUCAUUUAAAUUCAGAUUCUAUUAAAAUUUAUAUAUCGAAAGAGACUAAUAUAUAGAUAUGUUUUCUAAGAUAUAUUUAUUAACCGUAAGUAGAAAGUAGUUUAUAUUAUGUUUAAAUUAAUUUUAAUUAAAAUGAUUUCGCAAAUUCAACUAUAAUUUAAUAUUGUAAUAAGAUAAAAAGUAAAAUUUUGAAAUUAACAGAUAAAAGUUUGGAUAAAAAUUUAGAUUAAACUUUAACAAUUCUUAGUCUGUUACAUAUUAACAAUUUUAAAUACUUGUUCACUUGGAUUGACUUUGAAAAUUGAAAUAUUUUAAAAAUUGUAUUUUUUUAAGUAUUUUGAGUUGCAUUUUCUAGCAUAAGCACUAUUAUAAAUAUUGCAGUUGUUGAUAAAAUGAUAUAUGCCAUAGUGACACAUUUCUGCGCUCGUUGUUAGUUUAUAAUUUAUCAAUUAUGAUUCAUCGAAAGAUUCACCGAAAAUAGGACCAUAAAAUAUCAUUCCGUUGCCGUGAUGAAGAAAAUGCAAUUUACGUAUAUACAUUCUUGAAAUUCUUUCGUUCAAAACGAGAUUUAGAUCGUGGAAGAAUAGGACCUACAGUUUUGCAGCGUGAUACACAAUAUAAUUAUGUGUAAAAUUGUAAAAUUCGUCUCAGGAGUUUGGGCGAAAGGAGCAUAUGUUUUCCUUCUCUUCCACGAAAUGCGAUCAUUAAUCUUUUUUUGGUCCUACGAUUUAGUUAUGAAGGAAAACAUAAAUCAUUUUCGCCCAUACUCCGAAAGCUCGAUAUAUAGAUUGUAUUUUUGGCUUAUUACUGUAAGACUGACUAUGUUGCUAUAUUAAAGAUUGCUUCGAAAAUAA